AAGAUGAAAGCAAUAUUCCCUUUUAUAUCAGUUUCUUCUUUUAUAUUUAAAUUAUAUACCUCCACUGAAAAUGGCAAUAUAUUUACUGCAAAAACAAAUCCUCCACUUUGUAAAUCUUAUAAUGGUUCUGAAUAUAUACCAAAAUUCUAUUUAAGACAAGAGAUAUGUGGAUUUAGAAAAUUAGUAUAAAAUAAAAAUGAUAAAUGGAAAUAAUGGUUAAAGAAACAGAAAAAAGAAAUGAUAAAAGAUUUUAAACAGGAAAAGGAUGCUUAGUUUAGAAACAGAAAGCAGAAAUUUAAUAACUUCGAGGAAAAAUGGUUAUGUUAUGUUAUUGGUAUUAAAGAAGAUUUUCAAUCAAAUUAUUAUGAUGUAUUCUCUAAUUGGAUAGAUGAUGAACGGAUGGAAUUGUUCAAACCACAUGUAUUAGAUUAUAUAUUAUCAAGUUUUGAAAGGUUCAAUGAAAAUAUAUUCUUCUACAAUAAAAUUGUAGCAUCUAAAUUAAUGAAUUCGAAUGAAAAGAAACAUGAAUGGGAUUAUCAUCCUUAUAGGUUAUACGAAGUUAAUUGUUGAACACUCUGAUUUAAAAAAUUAGUACUUGUAUAUCCAGAUAUUUAUAUAAGAGUUGCAGCUUAUCAAUAAUGGGAAGAAAGAAUAAAAAAUGAAAAGUAUUUAUGGAACCUUUUAAUUAAGCAUAUUAAUAAAUAAUAUAUAGAUGACAUAAACUCGACGGUGAAGAAGCGGUGUAAAGAAACUAUGGCAGACUAUAACAAUCGCAUAAUAUCCUUUUAUAUAAAUUGGAUAAAAAAUAAACAAUGAAAAGGAUGGCUUAAAGAAAAGAUAAGGAAGUAG